AUGCAAAGGAGGAGCAAAUACAAAAAGGAUAAAUCAGGGAUUAUAAUUGGGGAAGUGAGUCCAGUACAAAAGAGCAAGGAGGUAGCAAAUACCAAUGCAUUUGCAGUACUGGAAGACACUGCAGAUAACCAUGAUAAUACAAAUAAAGAACAAAUGGCACAAGAAGAGACUAGAACAUGGAUAGAAAAGAGUUUCUAUACUAAUAAAAGCACAACAAAGGACAUAGACAAUAACACAAAUGUCACAGAACAACCACAAGAAGACAGCAGCAAAUCUGGAGAAGAGAUCUACAGCAGUCACACAAGAACAAGAAUGGAGGAUAGCUUACCUGAGGGAAUACACAGUCAGUCACCAAACAGGAAAGCCCACACAGAAUCUACAGCUUCAAAGCUUCAACAACAGGAGGACAAACAAAAGAGUCAAAGCAGAAACCAAUAUAGUGCAAACAGCAGCAAGACAACAGCCACAAGCAGGGGGGAACAAAUAAUAUCAGAUGCACAAGAUAACAUGGUAAAAUUUCAGACUCCAGAUCUAAACCAAAUAGAGCAAGGAAGGGAAUACAAUAGUCAUAAUAAAGAAGUGACUUCACAAGAAAAUCACAGCUGGUGGGAAGUGGAGAGACAGAUAGAAGAGCAGCAAGAAGAAAAUAAUAAAGCAAACAGGGAAAAUGAAGAAACAACAACAAAAAAAAGAAUAGAACAGGAGAGGGAAAAUCAAGAGCUCAGUAAGGGGCAACAUGAGCAUGGCAUAUCAACAAUAUCAAAAAUGAUUAUGGAAAGAGGUAGUAGAGACCUAGAUGAACAUACCUUAGAGCACAAUUUUGAAGCAGCUGUUAGAGCAGGAGAUAUCUCACCAAAGUCAGUCAAUACCAAGAAAGCUUUUACAAGGUUGACAAAAAUGAAUCAAAAACAUCAUUUUGGAUUUAUUGGUUUAAUGGAACCUUUUCAAGAAUCAGACAGGAUAGAGGAAUAUAGAAGAAGGCUGGGUAUGGAGCAUGCAGUGGCUAAUAUAUCAGGUAAGAUUUGGGCUUUUGUGGAUAAUAUUUUUGACUAUCAUGUAAUGAUGGACCAUUAG